AUGACCAGCAACUCCCAGGUUUUCUUCCAACCGUCCCACCUUUUCCUAACGCUGGGCUUACAAACGGAGGCGACCCCCCUCCUACGGCUGGAAGGCCGCAGGGCGCACGUUAAGGUGCUGAAUACCACUGGGGAUGCCAUCCUCAUACUGCGGGGCACCCCACUGGGCUGGCUGAUCGACACUACGUUCCACGAUUUCGACCUACGCCUCCCGGUCGAUCUCACUCUUCACGGUACCCGGCCCCAAAUCCCCAAAUCCAGCGACGUGUAUAGAGUCGACCUGACUAACCAGUCGGAGAUGGUCCUACAGACCAUCUCAGUCAUAGACUCGGGGGUCGACACCUUCCCCACCCGAGAGGUUCACGAGCCAACGCAAGAACCCACCGCCUGCCCCUCCUUCGAGGAGGAGCUGGACAAAACCGUGGCGUUAGCGGAUGCCAUCAAUACUGACGAAGAAAGAGCUAAACUCCGCCGGGUGCUGACGAAAUACAAAUCCUCUUUCGCCACAGACGCAACGGACUGCGGCCUGACCAACAUUCACACAGUCCGCAUCCCGUCUAAACCCAACGCCCCGCCGACCUACGUCCGCCAAUACAAAAUUCCCUUGGCAUCGUAUAAACCGGUGCAGGGCAUUAUAGACGACCUCCUCGUAAAAGGGGUCAUAAGACCCUGCAACAGCACCUACUCCGCCCCUAUAUGGCCGGUGCUCAAGCCCAACGGCAAGUGGCGACUGACUGUCGACUACCGCCGCCUCAACUCGCAAAUUCCCCUGUCCAGAUGGCCAAUGACCCAACUGGGCCAGGACCUACCAAAAGUUAGGGACGCAAAGUUCUUCUCCACGCUCGAUAUCGCUUCAGGCUUCUGGACGAUACCGGUACACCCACAAGACCAACACAAAUUGGCCUUCAGCUUCGCCAACAAGCAGUACACUUUCACACGCUGCCCUUUCGGACUCUCGAACUCGCCGGCAGAGUUCAACAUCUUCCUAAACAAGGCCUGCCCGGAUGCGGCCAGCAGGGGCACCUUAAUCUACGUGGAUGACGUCCUCUUGAGGACCACCUCCUUCGAGGAACACCUGGUGGAAAUCGACCACGUCCUGAAUCAACUAACUUCGGCUGGGGCGAAGGUGUCGCUACGUAAAUGCCAAUGGUGCCGCACCAAGGUAAACUAUGUAGGCCUCCUAGUCGGACCAGAGGGCGUGGAACCGCAAGCCGACAGGACCCAAGGCCUGGCGAACCUGAAGACGCCCACAAACAUCUCGGAACUACGCAGCUUGCUAGGAGUGUGCAACUACUCCCGCCAGUUUGUGGAACACUACGCCGAAAUAGCGAAACCUCUGACGAACCUCCUAAAAAAGGACACCCCGUUCGUCUGGGAAGACAGCCAUGACGAGGCCAUGAAGGCCCUGCUCGACCGAUUGAGAAAAGCCCCGUGCCUGGUGUACCCGAACCCGAACAAACCAUUCUUCUUGGAAAUCGGGUUCUCCGAGCACAGCCUCAGCGCGGGCCUAUACCAAACUCACGACUCCGACAAAAGAAUCAUCGCCUACGCCAGCAAGACAAUGGCCGCACCCGAGACAAAAUACUCUGACUGCGAAAAAUCCCUACUGGCCACCGUCUGGGCGGUGAGACACUUCUCGAACUACAUUGGCAACCAAACAGUGGUCGUCAAUACGAACCACCAACCGGUGACAUUCCUCGCCAGCCAAAGGCUCAGAGACGGAAUCGUCACGAACGCCAGGGUAGCCACCUGGCUGAUGGCACUACAAAGCUUCGAUCUCCAGGUGUCAUACGCACAAAAACACAGGUCGUACCUCGGGAUGGGACUGGCCGAAUGCCAAGACUGCAUCGUGGAUACACCAGCCGGGACCAAGGUGGAACUGCUACCCACCCCACUCGAGCCACAACAACACUGUUACUUCGACCAGAAUCUAUGUGACGGCCUACCAACUGCAUACGUGGACGGCUGCUCGUUCCACCACGAAACCAUCAAACGCGCCGGUGUCGGCAUCGUGUGGAAGGGCGACGAGCCCGCUGCCCCACAGAAAUUCCUCCUGGGGCCCCAAACUUCACAAUAUGCGGAAAUCGCCGCAAUACUAAUCUUGCUACAACACGCCGUGUUAUACGGAAUCAACACCAUGGUGAUCUGCACAGACUCUAACUACGCCCGACUCAGCUUCUCCUGCCACCUGCCCCUGUGGAAGAAAAAUGACUACGUCACCUCCAGCAAAAAGCCAGUCAAACACAAACUAUUGUUUAUGUCCUGCGAUAAGAUAGUCACGGACCGCAACAUGCAGAUCUACUGGAAAAAGGUCCGGGGCCACUCACGGGAGCCUGGCAUGGACAAAGAGCUGAACGACAUGGCCGACAGCCUGGCCAAACAAGGCGCCGUGAACGGCGCAGAGUGGCAUUUCCAGGAGCAAUUACCUGAGACACCCGCCCAAGAGCAACCCGCCCCCGCAGUAUGUGCGGUCACGAGGGUUAACGCGCUCACAAAGCAGCCAACUCCGGAUGUCACGCCCGCACACACGACCCCCACCUUCGACAGGUCCGACCUGAUCGACUGGGUGGGCCCCUUAACGAAGUCUACCCGAGGCAACAAAUACAUCCUCAUGGUCACCUGCGCAUUCACCAAAUGGGUCGAAGGCUUACCAGCCCCAAACGACACAGCGCAAACGACGGCCUGCCUACUGAUGAACCAUGUGUUCUCACGAUACGGACUACCGUGCCGAGUUAACUCGGAUCGUGGCACGCACUUCACCGGGGAAGCCAUGACCCACCUGUGGGAAGCACUUGGUGUUCGGGCCUCCCUUCACGUGAGCCACCACCCCAUGAGCUCGGGGCAGCCAGGCGAAGCGAAUAUCGCCACGGCCUACACCACGCAUCACUACAUGACCGAUCUGCAGGACCACCUGAAACAGACAUUCGCGUUCGCUCAACAGAAACUGGGAAACAGCGCCGAAGGACGGAAGGCCUAUUACGAUCAAAAGGCGUCCCACGACGAGCUCCAGGUCGGAGACCAGGACACGUACCUCUGCUCCUCGAAAAGUCUGCGUCUGACCAGACACAAGAGAAAACAUUACCCACAGUCUGUAUCACAAGGAGACAUUAGGACAGAUGGAGGACGGAGGAUGGAGCAGCGUCUGAGCUCCGAGCACCUGUGGAGGCUCCUCUGCAGCUGCACUCUGAGCGCUGUCAUCGCUGAGAGACCAUCACUGAGGAACACAGAGCAGAUAUGA